UCCAGCCCCUCCCCUCCGCUCUUUCCGUCUGUAUCUCCCUUCUUUCUCUCUCUGGAACACAUGAGAUUCUCCUCCCGAAACCUGAACCGCAGCAGCAGAGGCAUCGACCCCCCUCCCCACACAACAUGGCUACAAUUGUAACCUCGACCAGGUUUACGGACGAGUAUCAGCUUUACGAAGAGCUGGGGAAGGGUGCCUUCUCCGUGGUCCGGAGAUGUGUGAAAAAAUCCAAUGGCCAGGAAUUUGCUGCUAAAAUUAUUAACACAAAGAAACUCUCGGCGAGAGAUCAUCAGAAACUGGAACGUGAAGCCCGAAUCUGUCGUCUACUCAAACACCCCAAUAUCGUUCGGCUCCAUGAAAGCAUCUCAGAAGAAGGUUUCCAUUACCUGGUCUUUGACCUUGUGACUGGGGGGGAGCUGUUUGAGGACAUCGUCGCCAGAGAGUAUUACAGUGAAGCUGACGCAAGCCAGUGCAUCAAUCAGAUCCUGGAGAGUGUCAAUCACAUUCACCAGCAUGACAUCGUGCACAGAGACCUUAAGCCCGAGAACUUGCUGUUGGCCAGUAAGAUGAAAGGAGCGGCAGUAAAGCUGGCUGAUUUUGGGCUGGCCAUCGAGGUGCAGGGAGAUCAGCAGGCCUGGUUUGGUUUUGCUGGCACACCUGGCUACCUGUCUCCAGAGGUAUUGAGGAAGGAUCCCUACGGCAAACCUGUGGACAUAUGGGCCUGUGGUGUAAUCUUGUACAUUCUAUUAGUGGGCUAUCCUCCAUUUUGGGAUGAAGAUCAACACAAGUUAUACCAGCAGAUCAAGGCUGGAGCUUAUGAUUUUCCUUCUCCGGAGUGGGACACGGUCACCCCCGAGGCCAAGAACCUCAUCAAUCAAAUGCUGACCAUCAACCCAGCAAAGAGAAUCACCGCAGAGCAGGCCCUCAAGCACCCAUGGGUCUGUCAACGGUCCACAGUGGCAUCCAUGAUGCAUCGCCAAGAGACCGUGGAGUGCUUGCGCAAGUUCAACGCCCGCAGAAAACUCAAGGGAGCCAUUCUCACGACUAUGUUGGUUUCUAGAAACUUCUCAGUGGGCCGGCAGCAUACCAGCCCUGCUGCUCCCACCACAAGCACUGCCGCGCUUGCACAGGAAGCAUGCAAAAGUUUACUCAACAAAAAGGCAGAUGGAGUCAAGCCCCAGACAAACAACACUAAAAACAGUGUAGUGAGCGCUGUAGUGAACGCCAUGAAAGAAAGCAACACGGCCUCUUCUACACCGAUGGAGCCACAAACUACAGUUGUGCACAACCCUGCCGAUGGCCCCAAGGGCUCCACAGAGAGCUGUAACACCAACGAGGAAGAGGAUAUGAAAGGUAGGAAAGCCGAGAGUGCGCAGGGAACGAGCAGUGACAGUGCCGUGAUGAGUCAGUGCAGUGCCGGGGAAGAGCUGCCCGCUCUGUUGGCUUCACCUCAGGGUUCUCCUGCCAGUAAGUCAAGAUCCUCUCCGUUGUGUGUUGCAGCCGUCCCCAUGCAUGACGUUAAACGCUUGGCAUGGAACAGUUCAGAACAUGCCUCAUGUCCAGAGUUAGAGCGCACUCAUUCUGGCCCUUGUGCCUCAGCCCAUGGGGUCAGCGGUAUCACGGCGAGUUGGUCCGCAGCUCAGUCUCGCAAGCAGGAGAUUAUAAAAAUCACGGAGCAGUUAAUCGAGGCUGUCAACAAUGGAGACUUUGAAGCAUACACAAGAAUCUGUGACCCUGGUCUGACUUCUUUUGAGCCUGAAGCUCUGGGGAACCUGGUCGAGGGCAUGGAUUUCCACAAGUUCUACUUUGAGCACUUGCUGAGUAAGAACAACAAGCCUGUGCACACCACUAUCCUCAAUCCUCAUGUUCAUCUCAUCGGGGAGGACGCUGCCUGCAUCGCAUAUAUCCGGCUGACGCAGUACAUCGACAGCCAGGGCCGCCCACGUAGCUGCCAGUCGGAGGAGACGCGCGUGUGGCAUCGCCGUGACGCCAAGUGGCUUAACGUCCACUUCCACUGCUCAGGGGCACCAGCCGCCCCCUUACAGUGAACCACACAGGACAGCUUACCUGGAUUCUCAAGAUAAUGGGAAUGUUUCUUCUUUGUGGCUGGACGGGCACGUGAAGGCCAGCUGGAUGACAGCUCUUAAAGUUACAGACACACCAGUGAGGAACUCUGACAACAUCCAGUUCAACAGUCAACACCACUUAUCCUGUCCAAUCUUUGACCAACGGGAGCUGGCCGCGGCUGUGGCCCCGCCCAAGGGACGGUGCAUGUAUCUGACACCCACAUGGGGGUGCUGUUUUGUCCUUUUCCCACGGAACCAUCUUUUUUUGCCCGUUAAAGAUGUUCAGAAGGUGUUGUAAGUACUGAUCUGUGAAAUCAUAAAUAUACGAUAUAUUGUAAAAAUCACUAGCUGAACCAGAAGCUACAAUCCGGUUUGAAAAUCAUAUAUGUAAGUAAUCCAAGGCGGGAGUUGGGAGGGUGGGGGUGCUCAACUUAACAAAAUUACAAAAUGUGCCCAAAAAAAUGCUAAGGUUUACAAGUUUUGUCUUCACAGUCCUUCUUGUAUACUUUGCAGCUUUUUGGACACAAAAUCAAUUAAGGGAAGGGGUCGACUAAUCCGAGAGCAAGGCAGUGAAAAUGUUCAGAAGUUCUUCAUAUCGAAAAAAAGAACCAAAGUGUAGUUUUUAGUCUUUUUAAGGAUUGUUUCUGUUUGGUGUUGGCUUUUUAUGUAACCCGGGUCUAAGAGAAGGUUUGUACUGCCCAGGUUUUAGUAAUCUCUUACGUUAAUGUGGAACUCUUCAAUUUCCCUUUUUUUUUUUUUUUCUUGGACUGACAUAACACAAGUAUUUUGUGUUCAUUUCGAAUUUUUAAGACUGUUUUAUUUUUUAAGUUAAUCUAAAUAAACAUAGGAUAUACAUGAAAUAUUUAAAGGAGAUAUAAAUGUUCGCCAUCCAGGUUUAGGAAAAGAUGUCGUUCCUGACUGUGCUUGAUACGUUUGUGUGGGUGCGUGUGUGAGAUAUGAACUUGUAUAAAUUGUAUCCCCCAUUUAGAUUUAGUAUAACAAAAGCUCAAGUGAACCGAACGCAACCGAACACCGACCAGUAGAUUCACCCUUGUCGUUUUGUUAGCGUCGUAGACAAACCACUGCAGGACGUACUGUGAUAGUCAGACAUAAACUUCUCUCCAGUUUCUGAACUCGGCGACUGAAUCUUCAGAUCUGAGCUCAAAGGAGGACUAGUCGUUUUUACAAACUACAUCAUGGUGAAAAUAGCUUCAGUAGUCGAGUAUGUUGUGAUUGAGUCUCGUCGUCUUUUCUUCCACUCAUUGUAAAAGUACUCCGUUGUUUUAGUAACGUUAGACUCACCCUGUCCUCAGUGUUGUCUUAGUCGUGGUUCGUGACGGUGGGGGGGACAUGCUCUGUAAAUACAUGUCGUUUAGUUCAUCCAAUCACAAGGAGCGUGUGGGAAAAACGCAAACUCGUCCAGUUGCCAUAGUUAUGUUAAAAUCAUAGUUUUAAUGUUUGUACGAUUACAAUUCACAGUGGUUUAAGAUUUCCCCACAAACUAUAUUACGCAGGUUUUAUAGCACUCAUAAACUCCGUUUUAAUUUGAUGGUUUGAUAGUCACGAGUGGUUCAUCUAUUAAGUUCAUCUGUAGUUGCACGAAUGCUUUUCGUCACUGCUAUGGUUUUGUUUUUAGAUCUAUAUUAGUGUAGGUUUGUUUUAGGCAAUAUAUUAUGUGUGGAAAAAAACAAACUACGAGUUCACCCCAUCUUCUUGGAAGUUUUUUGUAUGGGUCUGUAAAUACAUGUAGUGUUUGCACACCCUGGGCUUGGUGACAUAUCAGGACUAUACAUCCGCACGUGUGUAAGUGUGUGCACGCGCUUAUCACCUUUACAAUGGUAGUGAUGCUGUUAGAUUAUAUGUGAUGAUGCUGUUUUCAUGUCUCGUGCUGAUUUCUUGCAUUUUUUUUUUUGUUUGUUUGUUUUAUUUUCUAAUCGCUGAUUUCUUUUUCCUUUGUUUGUGCUAUUGGGAACUGCUGCCUUGCCUGGCCAAACUAGAUUACACGUUUUAUCAUUUUUAUUUUUACUUAAAUGCAUCCUUUUUCUGUACAUGAGUGACAUCUUCAGCUCCAUGAAAAUGAAAAAGAUUGAGAUGGCUAUGAGGAGUCACAAGCUAAUAGAUUUAGAUUUAGUGAAAUAAAUAUCCCACCCCUGAAAGCUUGGUCUGAAUCCUGGGCCAGACGGCGAACGUAUGAGUCUUCUGGCCCACCCGUCCAAUGACAGGAGAAAUCAAAGACGCAGUUGAAAUAAACUGCUGAAUAUGCAUGUAUACUUUUCUCGGUAAAUAUUUUUUUUUCCCACUGUCUGUGUUUACUUAUUAAUAAAGGGAAAAAAAUCUCAUAGUAUUUGCAUCUCGACAUGAAAAUCACUCCAUUGGGAAAUAUAAGUGAUGUACCAUGUAAAAAAAAAAAAAAAACAAAGACAAAAAAAGUAGAAAAUAGUGAAAAUAUAUAAAACAAAAGCCUCUGCUUGGUAUGCUCCCCUCAUUCUAAGUAAAUCUAUUGCAUUGUAAUGGUAUACUAUUGGGCUUCGUAUAUACUUGGAGUUUAAACAUGGAUGCUGGAUUUUUGCAUGAUCAUACAUUUAAUAAAACCAUGAAAUGACAACUAUCAAGUGUUUGUCUGAAUGUUAGUAGGUCUUCAUCAUAGCUUUGUUAUUAUUGAAACUUGAUCUGGAAAGUAUUUAAUAAAAAGAGCAUUUCUGCAG